GUUUUGACAGACCAUUUAACAAUGUCCUAUGCUUUGAGGAGUCUGGUGGAGGAUGAUAACAGAUACCUGCAGUCCUUCCAGUUGUUCCUGGAGUGCUCCUCUGAACAUCAGUGCAUGCAGGACUUCAUCCACGCCAUCCUGCCUGACAUACUAACCAGCAUUGGAGAGGGAAAAGCCAAUAUUAAUGUGAUGGGAGUCGGAAGUGGAGCAGGUGAGGUUGACCUGAAGAUGUUCUCUGAGCUGCGUCUGAAGCAUCUUGCCAUAACCGUGGACAACCAGGUGGUGGAGCCCAGUGCCCAGCAGUUACACCUUUAUAAGGUGUUGGUGUCCCAGAAACCAAAUCUAGAUUACAUUAAAUUCACCUGGAAUAAGAUGACUGCCACUGAGUUUGAGAAGGACUGGCGAGAGAAGAACUAUACCAAGAAGAUGGACUUCAUACACAUGAUACAGAUGUUGUAUUACGUGAAGGAUCCUUGUGCUACAGUCUCAUUCUACCAGAGCCUCCUGGACAAGAAAGGAAAACUACUCAUCAUUCUGGUGUCUGGUGAGAGUGGCUGGGGGAAGCUGUGGAGGACCUUCAGGACCCAGCUGUGUAGCACAGAGAGCAGUCAGUGUGUCACCACGGGUGAUAUUAAAACCUACCUGGACUCUAAGGCAGUGAGUUACCAGAGCUACGAGCUGCCUUCUCAGAUGGAUAUCACAGAGUGUUUCACUGAGGGGGACCAGAGAGGAGAGCUACUGCUGGACUUCCUGACUGAGGUGUUGAACUUCAGCAGCACGGCUCCUGCAGAGCUGAAGGCUAGUGCUCUGGAGCUGCUGAGACACCCAGACUGUAGUAAAGAGGUAGACGGAAGGGUUAUCUUCAAUAACACCCUGGGCGUGCUGGUCGUUGACCCUCUACAGUAACUAGUUGUUAACCCUCUACAGUCACUUUAAAUACUUUAGCAACAAUGAUGAAUUGAGUGACAACAUCAGAACCUGACAUAAGAUACAAGGUUGCUUUUUUGAUUGACAUCUUGUCUUAAUUAUAUGUGAAUGUAUCCUGUAUACACUCCAGAAUGUAUACAGUUUUAUCAUUACCUCUAUCAGUUAUGAUAAGAUAUGAUCCACCAGUCUACUGAAUGACUAAAUAUAUCAGCAUGUCUCAUGUACUGUUAACAAUAGGCUAAUCAGUCUGAAGUAGUUCAUAAAUAUUUUGACUUGCAGUAAUCAUUUAGCCUGUGUGGAUUUUGAUUCUGUCUCAGUGAUAUCAAGAGAAGUGGAACCAAACGGUGACCAGUCUUACCUUUGUUCAGAUGUGCUCUGUAUAAAGUAAACUUGUAGCUCAUGUACUUAUACUCUUUUCUGUUUGAUCACCUACAGUAUUUGAAUAGGUGACCAAGCAUACAAUAUAUUGUUAAUGCAUUAUAGUUUCUAAUCAGUGUAAGCUAUUAUUGUAUGGUUUUGAUACAUAGGCCUGCAGGCGCAGAGCUUGGGUAUUCGCCACAGGCAACAAACAUUCGAGGGGCCCCCCAUAUUAUUUAGAAUUUUACAAUCAGGGCUACCCAGUGAGCAAAAUUACUCUGAAAAAAGGCAUUAUAUCACAUCCACAAAAAAAUACUCUAAUUAAAAAAGGAAAAUGGAGCCAACUGAAGAUUGUAACGUGGAACAUUUAUUAUUCAAAAGCUUUAACCUGUCAGCGAUGACUGAACACCUCAACAACAAUAACAUUCUCAGUAACGGUUACAGAAACAUUUUUCUUGCUAUGACUGUGAUAUGUGAUUGUUUAGCUGUCACA